CUGUCCCAGCCUGCACAAGAUGCCACCGAAGCCUCCCUCCUCCCUGCGGCUCCCUUGUGCGCAUGCGCACUGCUGCAGGGAGAAAGCGACACACACAACCCCCACCUCCAACCCUCUUCCCCUGUCCAAAAGCUGGGGGCCUGGCUCGCAGCCUCCGCGGGACUGGAAGCCUAGAACCUAGUCAAAGAAGCUAGAGGCCGUCGGACUCUCAGGCUUGAGAUCUGAUGUCCCAGAGCCUUCAGUAUCACGGUCCGUAGCACUUUGGUGCCACCGCUGCAGCGCUGACGGCGCUCGCGACCCACCCUCCCGGGAUACCCGUCAGCUGGGUGGCCCCCGGGCUCGCGCGGCCUACGCUCUUCUCCGGGGACCCGCUCUGAGGACCCCUGGGACUCAGGUGGCCCGUUCGUGGGUACAGCUGCCGUGCUGACGCGCUGCACCUAAACCCCGGCUUGGCUGUGGACAAGGAGAGAGAAGGAAGGUGGGGGCCGCGAUUUGCACGGUGAAGAUAGCCUGUGCAGAACCUUAGAUUCCCGGCGGGAUUCUGAUCAAGUUCAGGGUGAAGCCAGAGGACGUGGUGGCACACACCUGAGGUCUCAGGAUUUGGGAGGUGGAGGCAGGAGGAGAAGGCGCUCAAGGUCAUCCUCUACUGCCUGACGUUGGGUUGCAAGAGACCCGGUCUGAAAGGAAAAAAAGAAAAGAAAAGAAGAGAAAAGAAAAGAAGAGAAAAGAAAAGAACAGAAACCAGGCCUGGAGUGUCUUGAAUUAGCUCUGCCAGUCUUCAGAAGAGACCCUGGAAGCCAGCAGCUACUACUUCUGUUGAAAAGAGAGAUUAUGUCUCUGGCCUCUGUGAAUGGCUUCUCCAGGACAUGAUCCUUGAGGAAGAACAAGCCAGUUCUUGUAAUUCUGGAAUCAUGGCUCAUAGUAUGGUGAUGUUCAGAGAUGUGACUGUGGACUUUUCUCAGGAAGAGUGGGAGUGCCUGAGUUCCUACGAGAGGGAUCUGUACAAAGAUGUGAUGCUAGAGAACUACAGCCACUUGGUGUCACUGGCAGGAUGUUCCAUUUCUAAGCCAGACGUGAUCACCCUGUUGGAACAAGGGAAGGAGCCAUGGAAGAUUGUGAGGGCUGAGAAGAGAAGGUGGAGCCGAGAGCUGGAAUCCAGAUACAGCAGUAAAGUGUUACUUCCAGAAAAGAAUACUUACGAAAUUAAUCUAUCUCCGUGGGAAAUAAUGGAAAGAAUUAAAAGGCACGGCCUCGAAGAAUCCCUUCUGGGAAAAGACUUUGAAUAUAAAAUAUUUGAAGAACAAGAGAACUCUCAUAGGGUAUAUUUCAGACACAUGAUAAAAACCACCUCUGGAAAAAGACCUCCGUACAGAAAACGCACAUCUGUUAGUCUAUAUCAGAAAACUCCUAACCAAGAAAAGCCCUACGAAUGUGGGGAGUGUGGGAAGGCUUUCAGAGUCCGCCAACAACUUACUUUCCAUCAGAGGAUCCACACCGGCGAGAAGCCCUACGAAUGCAAGGAAUGUGGCAAAGCCUUCCGACAGUGUGCCCACCUCAGUCGCCAUCAGAGGAUCCACGCCUCAGACAAGCUCUAUGGAUGUAAGAAGUGUGCAAAGAUCUUCACGUGUAGCUUGGACCUUCGAAGGCAUCAGAGGUCUCACGUGGGCGAGAAGCCCUACGAUUGCAAAGAGUGUGGGAAGGCCUUUCGAGUCCGUGGACAACUCAUGCUCCACCAGAGGAUCCACACCGGCGAGAAGCCCUACGCGUGCACCGAGUGCGGCAAGAGCUUCCGGCAGGUAGCGCACCUCACUCGGCAUCAGAGGCUCAAUGGUGGCAGCUCGCACCACGAGUGUAAGGAGUGCGGCCAGGCUUUCCUGUGCAGCACGGGCCUCCGGCUGCAUCACAAACUGCACACGGGAGAGAAACCCUACGACUGCAAGGAGUGUGGGAAGGCGUUCCGGGUGCGGCAGCAGCUCACCCUGCACGAGAGGAUCCACACUGGCGAGAAGCCCUUUGAUUGCAAGGAGUGCGGGAAGACCUUCAGCCGCGGCUACCAUCUCACCCUCCACCAGAGGAUCCACACUGGGGAGAAGCCUUACGAGUGUAAGGAGUGCCGCAAGUUCUUCCGCCGGUACUCGGAGCUCAUUUCCCACCAGGGCAUUCACAUCGGGGAGAAACCCUAUGACUGCAAGGAGUGCGGGAAGGCUUUUAGGCUCUUCUCCCAGCUGACUCAGCACCAGAGCAUUCAUUUUGGUGAGAAGCCCUAUAAAUGUAUGGAAUGUGAGAAGACUUUCAGACUCCUCUCACAACUGACGCAGCAUCAGAGCAUUCACACGGGCGAGAAGCCCUACGACUGUAAGGAGUGCGGGAAAGCCUUUCGGCUCCACUCGUCCCUCAUUCAGCACCAGAGAAUCCACUCUGGCGAGAAACCAUACAAAUGUACGGAGUGUAAGAAGGCCUUCCGUCAACACUCACACCUCACCUACCAUCAGCGAAUUCAUAAGAAUUUGUAAAGACCCUUCUACGAAUCCUUGCCUUGCAAAUGUACUAAGGAGCAGUAGGAAAUCAGAAAAUUCUAGAAGAAAAAAGGUUUUAAUCCAUUUUUGCUUUGUGUUCUUAAGUGACAACAUAAAAGGUCAAAAGAAAAAAAUGUUAAACGUUUGGAAAUUCUUUCGUAAAUGUAUAAAAGGUAUUUUGUCUGUACUGUUUACCUACCUAAGGGCAUAGUCAGGUACCAACUCAUUUUGAAAAUUAAUAAAUAAAAAGAAGUGUCGUUUAGAUUGCAUUGCCUGCAUAAACUCUCGAGCGACUGAAAGUGCUUGAGGUAUACAGUUCUUAGAGCGUUUCAUCAGAAUCACACAGAGUCAUAUGGAACUAAGAAGUUGUAUCAGGAAAACCAUUUUGUUAUAGCAUACAGUAGAGCAGCGAUUCUCAACCUGUGGGACCCCUUUGAGGGUAGAUCCCCCGUUUCGCAGGUGGCACCUAGGACCAUCGAAACACAGAUUUGCAUUAUGAUCCAUUACAGUAGCAAAAUUACAGUUAUGAAGUAGCAACACGUGGUUUUAUGGUGGGUGUCACCACAACAUGAGGAACUGUAUUAAAGGGUCACGGCAUUAGGGAGGUUGAGAGCCACUGCUUUAGAAUGCAGCCAUGACAGACUGGCUUGUACUUGGUAGUGAAUAAAUAAAUAGGUCAGGCUGCCAGGAUGUGAACCUACUGGUCCAUCUUGCCACCAGUUUAGCACAGUAAAGCAUCCUGUGUCUUCCACUGUGACAUUGUGAUAUUAACACCUAACUUGAUGCACCAAACCUCUAAAUCAAUGAGACAACCACCAACA